GUAACUUAAUAAUUUAAUAAACUUUUUUUAGUAAACGGGAAUUAGGAAGAUUUUCAAAUACGAGUGGAAGUUCACUUUCACACGGCAUGUGCUGCGACAGCUGAUCUCCGACUCCUAUAAAAUUAAUAUAAAAUGACAGUGUCAUACACUAAGGACGUCGUCAGCAACAAAGGCUUAGGUUGCUUUCUGAAAUUGCUUCUCAGAUGGCGAGGCAGCGUCUAUAAACUCAUCUGGAUGGACCUGUUGGUCUACCUCACAUUCUACUUUGCACUCUCUUUUGUCUAUCGGUUUGCUUUGAAUGAUUACGGCAAACAUUUGUUCGAGCAAGUGUCCCUGACGUGUUCAAGACAUGCGGAGAACAUCCCGCUAUCGUUCGUGCUCGGAUUCUUCGUAUCCCUCGUGGUGGGGCGGUGGUGGGAUCAGUUUCGUGCGAUACCCUGGCCAGAUACGCUGGCUCUUUUCGUCUCUACAUCACUUGCAGGAAAUGACAGGAGGGGAAGGAUGAUGAGGAGGACAAUCCUGCGCUACAUCAACUUCUCCAUGUCCUUUACCUUCUCCAUGAUCUCGCCUAUAGUCAAGAGACGAUUUCCUACUCUUGCGCACUUCGAAGAUGCAGGUUUCAUAACAGGAAACGAGCGGCAGAUCUACUCGCGCAUGUCAGAGCGCACUCCCCACACUCUCUACUGGAUGCCCAUGGCCUGGGCAGGAGCUUUGGUGUGCAGAGCGAGGAAGGAGAACAGAAUCAAAGAUGACAUCGCCAUGAAGACAAUCAUUGACGAGAUAACCAGACUUAGGAGCCGCUGUGGAUCCCUGCUUGGCUACGAUGCCAUCAACAUACCACUGGUCUACACUCAGGUAGUGACGUGGGCGGUGUACGCCUUUUUCAUCAUGAAUUUGAUGGGCCGACAAUUUUUGGAUCCAAGCAAAGGCUACGAGAAAUUCCCUAUCGACUACUACUUCCCCGUCUUUACAACGCUGCAAUUCUGCUUCUACAUGGGAUGGUUGAAAGUAGCUGAGUCGCUUAUCAAUCCAUUCGGCGACGACGACGAUGACUUCGAGAUGAACUUCCUUGUUGAUCGCAACCUGCAGGUGAUUUAA